AUGGAAACGGAGGAAAGUGGUAUGGAGACUCCAAAUUAUACUCCAAUGUACCGUUAUCAGUUCCGAGUGAUACUAAUCGGUGACUCUACCGUGGGAAAAUCUAGUUUGCUUCGGCAUUUUACAGAGGGAAAGUGUGCCGAAAUUUGUGAUCCCACAGUUGGUGUUGAUUUCUAUGCCCGAAUGGUGGAAGUUAAACCAGGGUAUCGGAUAAAGUUGCAACUUUGGGAUACUGCUGGGCAAGAGAAGUUCAGAUCGAUAACACGUUCCUACUACCGUAAUUCUGUGGGUGUUAUUGUUGUUUAUGAUAUAACAAAUCGAUCAACAUUCGACCAUGUUGCACAAUGGCUAAAAGAGGCAGAACAGAAUGUUGGGGGUCCACAACCAAACAACUGUGUCUUCCAACUCAUCGGCCAUAAAGCUGAUCUAAAUGAUGAACGCCAGGUAAUGUAUGAAGAAGGCGAAUAUUUUGCCAAAUAUAACAAAAUCAAAUUUUUGGAAACAUCAGCAGUUACGGGUGAAAAUGUGCAGGAGUCGUUUAAAAUGAUUGCACGAGAAAUCUGUGAUCGAAUUGAGAAUGGACAGUUGCGUGUAGUUGAUGGUUGGGAAGGUAUUCGAAGUGGUAUGAUGCGCGCGAAGUCAUUAACAUUGUCGGAAAGCUCGGAUUCACCACUUUCAACUUGCGCAUGCUAG